AUGUAUAAAUUAAUUACCGUUUUAGCUAUUAUCUUUGCAAUGAUGUGUCAAGUCUCAUUUGCAUCAGUUUACAAUUGCGAUCAAAUGAAAGAUCUUACAAAAAAAUAUAUAACAUCUGACAAGAGUCUUGCAACUACUAUGAUCUGUAUUGCCUACUAUGAGUCUAGUUGGAAUACCCAUGCCUAUAACCCUAGCUCGGCUACAGGGCUCUGGCAGCUUUUAGGUGAACACUGCAAGGAUAUGUGUUCAUCAUUUUGUAAGACCCCAAGUGAUUUGUAUGAUGCAUCAAUCAAUGCACGUUGUGCAGAAAAAGUAUUAAAGUCACAAGGACUCGAUGCGUGGACUACAUACUCAAAUGGUGAUUGCAAAGAUUGGAAGAAAUGUGAUCUCUAA